ACAUAAUAUUACUCAUAAUAAUUCUUUACCUCUAUUGAAAGGCAAAAUCAAUACAACCUCCCGUGUCAGUGAAGACUGAACACUUCUAUAGUUUUUUCCUUUUCUUUUCCUUAUUUUUUUCGCAUCCGUCAGUUUCACCAGAAUAUCAGUCACCGAUUUUUCUUUAUCACUCCUCAAUCUCCUAGAUCUCUUACCUCCUUAUCCUAAAAUUCGUGAAAGAUUUUGAUCGAGUUUGUUACCCCUAAAUUCUAGGGUUUUUAUUUAAUUAACUAAUUUUUAGGAUCUUAAAUAAUUUACUUUACAUUUUUAGGCUUAGAGUUAAUUUGUGGGAAAAAAAGAAUGGAUUCAGAAGAUGAUAUGCAUGAUGCGAACGAUUUGGAAUCAGAGGAUUUUUACAGUGGUGAUACUGCUAUCGAUUCUGAUGAUGCUGUUGAUGGUGAUUAUGAAUUUAUCGAUAAUGAUUCAGAUGAUGAUUAUGAUGAUUUUACUUCUCAUCGUAAUCAGCAAAACUAUACUGUAUUGAGUGAAGAUGAUAUUCGUCUAUGGCAAGAGGAUGAUAUUAUGAAGAUAUCAACCGUGCUUUCAAUUUCAAAGGUUGAAGCUAGUAUUCUUUUACGCCACUAUAAUUGGAGUGUUGGUAAAAUACAUGAUGAAUGGUUUGCUGAUGAAGAGAAGGUCCGUAAGGCAGUCGGUUUGCUGCAAAGACCUGUUUUUGACUUCUCAAACGCACGAGAAAUCACUUGUGGAAUUUGUUUUGAGAGCUUUCCAAGUGCUAUGAUAAGUGCAGCUGCUUGUGGUCACCCAUUUUGUAACACAUGUUGGGCAGGUUACAUGGGUACUUCCAUUAAUGAUGGACCUGGAUGCCUGAUGUUGCGAUGCCCUGAUCCUUCAUGUGCUGUUGCUGUGGGUCAGGACAUGAUCAAUUUGCUUGCUUCUGCUGAGGACAAGGAAAAAUAUGCGCGUUACUUUCUUCGUUCUUACGUUGAAGACAAUAGGAAGGCUAAAUGGUGUCCUGCCCCUGGUUGCGAUUAUGCAGUUGAUUUCGUGGCUGGUAGUGGAAGCUAUGAUGUAACCUGCCGCUGCUCACAUGGUUUUUGUUGGAAUUGCACUGAAGAAGCUCACCGACCUGUUGAUUGUGGCACCGUGAGCAAGUGGAUAAUGAAAAAUAGCGCAGAGUCUGAAAACAUGAAUUGGAUAUUAGCAAACUCCAAGCCAUGCCCAAAGUGCAAGCGACCAAUUGAGAAGAACCAAGGUUGCAUGCAUAUCACAUGUACACCUCCGUGUAAAUUUGAGUUUUGUUGGCUUUGUCUUGGUGCUUGGUCUGAGCAUGGUGAGAGGACUGGAGGUUUCUAUGCUUGCAAUCGGUAUGAAACUGCCAAGCAAGAGGGAGUGUAUGAUGAAUCUGAAAAACGUAGAGAGAUGGCCAAGAAUUCAUUAGAGAGAUAUACUCAUUAUUAUGAGCGUUGGGCAAGCAAUCAAACAUCUAGACAGAAAGCACUUCAAGAUCUUGAGCAAAUGCAAAAUGUGCAUCUGGAGAAGCUGAGUGACAUACAGUGUCAACCAGAGUCACAACUUAAGUUUAUCCUUGAAGCAUGGACUCAGAUUGUUGAAUGUAGACGUGUCCUGAAGUGGACUUACGCUUAUGGAUAUUAUUUACCUGAGCAUGAACAUGCUAAGAGACAAUUUUUCGAGUAUUUGCAGGGAGAAGCAGAGUCUGGUUUGGAGCGUCUUCAUCAAUGUGCAGAGAAAGAUCUUCAAGUGUACCUUAAUGCCGAUGGUCCAUCAAAAGAAUUCAACGAGUUCCGUACAAAGCUUGCUGGUCUUACAAGUGUAACAAGAAAUUAUUUUGAGAACCUUGUGCGUGCCCUAGAAAAUGGUUUAUCAGAUGUGGAUGGAAAUGGUGCUUGCAGCCGAACUGCAAGCGCAAAAAGCCUUGGUGGAAGCAGGAGUAGAGUUGGAAGGGGCAGGGGCACAUCAUCAAAAUCUGGUGGUUCCAGUAGGAAUAUAGAUGAUUCGAGCCACUGGGCAUGUGAUCAUUGUACGUUUGCCAAUGUUAAGUCUGCUACCAUUUGUCAGAUGUGUCAUAAUAGAAGGUAAACAGUUCCCUAUACUGGUGCGACUCGCAUGGAGAAAAAAAUUGUUGAUGAACUCUAGUUUAAUAGGUAAGGCGUCAGAUGUCAAUAAUUAAUGCCCUUAUGAUCUCUUUGUGGCGUACUCGUUCCCAGCGUUCCAUGUGUAUGUGGUGGUAGCCCGAGUUAAAUUCAAAAACAACAAGGGUGAAGAAAUGGUUAGGGGACGUAGGUGCCAUGUUUGUAUGUUUCGGUUAUAUUUUAAGGUGUAUAUAGUUCCGUCUGCUUUCCUGCUUUUGGAACCUAAGUCCUAACCAGCUAAUAGAAACAUUGUACUAUUUAGCUGUUAA